AUGUUAUACCAUCCCCCGAAACCGUCCACCACCGGCGCCGCGGAGGUACCUUCCAUCAUCCAGCAGGUCGCGACGGGCCCCGUGGGCGGUGGCCUGGUACCGGACUGGGCGCGCCCGUCUGCCCUGCUCCAGAGCAUCGUGGACCGCCUCCGUGGCUCCAGCCUGCCUUGCGAGUCUCCGACUGGGCAAGAGGGAGCCUGCAUGCUCCACUUCAACUGCGCCAGCGUGUCCGGAGUCACGGUGCCGUCUCCAGACUGCCCGCAGAGCGCCGUGUGCUGCAGACUUCCGGAGGAGGCAGCCACCACGGUGUCGUGCGGCGGAACCAUCACGGGCAACAACACCAACUUCCGGAACCCUGACUUCCCGUCUGAGUUCCGUCGCGAGGGCAUGUGCAGCGCCGAGGUGACCUUCGGCCGGGAGGUGUGCCAGCUUCGUCUCGAGUUCCUCCACUUCAGCAUCGCCGGGCCCAGGGCUAGCGGGCCCAGGGUCGGGCUCUGCGACGACGACGUCUUCGCCGUAGCUACGGGUAUCGGGAACUUGCCCUACCCGGCUCUCUGCGGCUACAAUGGCGGACAGCACAUGUACAUCGACGUUUCCGAGGCGACUCGGGCAGUCCUGACGUUCAGCAUUGGAGGAGAGGUCACCGUAGCCAGGAAGUGGAAUGUCCGCGUCUCGACCGUCCACUGCCUGUCUAACAUGAAGGCUCCGGAAUCCUGCCUGCAGUACCACACCGAGCCAGCGGGAGAGUUCAGCAGCUUCAACUACCGGCCCUCGGCUACCUCGCAACAAAUGAUCGCUGGACUCAAGUACAGCGUCUGCUUCAAAAAGCAGCUCGGCUUUUGCCAGAUCUCGUACACCGCCAGCGAGCCCGGUUCCUUCCAAGUGGGACCCUCAAAUCGACCUCUGGUUGGAGCCAGGAACUGCGAGAACGCCUACGUCUUUAUUCCGAGUGGUUCCAACAAGAACUUCCUGGAUGACGUCACUGCCGACCGUUUCUGUGGGAGCGGCCUCGCUGGAGACAUCAUUGCCUCGGAAGUUGGCCCGUUCACUCUCGGUGUCCUUACCGCAAGACCGCUAGGAGCAUCGAGCGGUGUUGGUGCCAUUUUGGGCCGCGAACCCGCACGUGGCCCACGCGGGUUCCCGCACGUGGAUGACGAUAACACCACCACCACCACCAUCAUCGGAGUGGCCGCUAACGCUACCGAAAGCGAGUACCCCAGCACCACGCCUGACUACCUCCUGAGCAACGCCACCGGUACUUACGCCGUUUUCCUGAACUCCACGGAAGCCUUCAGGGAAGGAGAACUCAGCAUGACGCCCCUCUACUUCAAGACCAACUCCAGUGGCACUUACGCAGUCUUUGAGAACACCACUGCAACCUACGGGGACGGCGACGUCACCACCACCACUCCUGCAUCAAACAGUAUUUAUGCUGUCUUCCUGAACUCCACGGAAGCCUUCAGGGAAGGAGACCUCAGCACGAUGCCUGUCUACUUCAAGACCAACGCCAGCGGAACUUACGCAGUCUUUGAGAACGCCACCGAAGUCUACGGAGACGACGUCACCGCCGCCACUCCCUCAAGCAGUGCACACACCGUCUUCCUGGACACAGUUGUCGACUUCAGGGAAGGAGACCUCAGCACCACGCCCGUCUAUCUGAUGACCAACGCCAGUGGCACCUACGCAGUUUUCGAGGAGAUCACGGUUGCCACAAUCACUGCUGAUGACUCGACGACCCCUGAGACACUGUCCGGUCGUCAUGGGUCAUUCGUCGAGCGCCCGGUUCAGAUGAUGAAGCCGGUUCAUGUGAAGACGGAUCCACACACUGGCGCCGUCCAGACGCCAGGUGAAGCCGGUUUCGUCAAGGGCCAGUUCUCCAUGGUGAAGCCCGCCCAUCAUACCAUGACCAAGCCCAUGAAGGGAGGGACUCUCAUCAACGUCGUGGAGCGUCCCGACCUGUCCUCCGGUGCCGGCUUUGCGGAGCAACCCGAGAACGUAGUCGUUUCCGACCCGAGAAACAUCUUCAACGGAGGAUUCAAGAUGAGGUACAUGAUGACCCACUGCUAACGCGGCGUGGUUCGUGGCGUAAUAUCUCCUGAUGGGGCAUA